GAAUUUUAUUACAUAUUUUAAAUUUUCAGAUCAGAGAAGAAACAAAUACUCAGAUUGACCUGCCAGCUGAAGGAGACAAGAGUGACAAUAUCAUCAUCACGGGGAAGAAAGAGAAUGUAGAAGAAGCAAGAGAAAGAAUUCUGAAAAUCCAGAAUGAACAAGCCAACAUUGUCUCGGAAGAGGUGUCAAUCCCUCCGAAGUUCUACAAUUCCAUCAUUGGUGCCGGAGGCAAGCUGGUGAAACAUAUCAUGGAUGAAUGUGGAGGUGUGCAGAUCAAGUUCCCAAGCUCAGACAGCAAGAGUGAUAAAGUCCAGAUCCGAGGGCCUCAGGAGGACGUUGACCGAGCAAAGCAGCAGCUGCUGGAGCUGGCCAACGAGCGUGAACAGAAUAGUUUCACUGCGGAGGUUCGAGCUAAACCACAACACCACAAGUAUCUCAUUGGCAAGAGUGGUGCCACCAUCAAGAAGCUGAGGGAAACCACCGGCUGUAGAAUCAUUUUCCCAUCAGCCAGUGAUGAGAAUCAGGAGCUAAUCACCAUCAUUGGCAAGCAGGAGGGCGUACAGAAGGCUAAGGCUGAACUGGAAGCUUACAUCAAGGACAUUGAUAAUGUGGUGGAAGAUGAUAUGCAAGUGGAUCCCAAGUACCACAGACACUUUGUGUCGCGCCGCGGAGAGAUUCUCCAGCGAAUCUCAGAAGAGUGCGGUGGCGUGUCCAUCUCCUUCCCUCGGGCUGGAGUCCAGAGCGACCGGGUGGUGCUGAAAGGUGCUCACGAGUGCAUCCAGACAGCCAAACAGAAGAUUCAGGAAAUUGUGGAGGACCUGGAGUCAAUGGUGACUAUAGACUGUGUUAUACCCCAGAAAUUCCAUCGCACCAUUAUGGGGCAGAGAGGAGCCAAGGUACAAGAUAUCACUUACAAAUUUGAUGUCCAGAUCAAGUUCCCUGAGAGAAACUUUCAGGAGGAUUACACACAAUCGAAUGAGUACUAUGACGGUGAACAUGCAGCAGAGAAUGGAGAAAACAAUCUGAUGAACGGAGAUGCCAACCCUGUCCCAUCCAUCAAGGCCUGUGACAUCAUUCGCAUCACGGGCAAGCCGGAGAAUUGUGAGGCGGCCAAACAAGCUCUCAUCAACAACGUUCCCAUCACAAUCCAGGUGGAUGUUCCAUUCGACUACCAUCGUUCCAUCAUCGGCCAGAAAGGCCAGUCCAUCCGAGAACUGAGCGACAGAUUUGAUGUUCACAUUGAGGUCCCCAACAGUGAUGAUCAUCUGGACUAUAUUAAGAUCACAGGAACAAAUGAAGCUGUAGAAAGUGCCAAAAUAGCUGUAGAAGAGAGAAUAAAGGAAAUUGAUGCAGAGAGAGAAGAUAGGUUACUAAAGUCAUAUGAGCUGGAAUUUGAAGUUGAGCCUGAGUUUCAUCCGAAAAUCAUCGGGAAGCGAGGCCUGGUGAUCAAUAAGAUCAGGCAAGACCAUAACGUCCAAAUAACGUUUCCUCGUCGUGGCGACGAGAAUGAGAAAAUCAUCAAGAUUGUUGGUUAUGAAGACAAGGCCAUAGCUGCAAGAGACGACAUACUAAAGCUUGUCAGCGAACUGAGUGGCUUGGCCAAAGUUGAAGUGUUCUUGGACAGUCGAGUACACUCCAGGCUGAUCGGCACUCGAGGCCGCAGCAUCCGCAAGAUCAUGGACCAAUUUAAUGUUGAGAUCAAGUUCCCACGCUCGCAGGAUCCUGAGCCUGAUCUUGUCAUCAUCACGGGCAACGAGAACGACUGUGAGGAAGCCAAGGAUCACCUGCUCAAUUUGGAGGAGGAAUACUUGCAAGACGUCAGUGAACCACCUACAUACAGAGAAGAGACUAACAACUUCUUCGGAAACCACAAUGUGAAGAGCGAGGCUUCUGGUUUCGUCGUGAAAGGAGGGCCUUGGGAACAGAAAGCUCCGGACACGAACAGCACAGAAGACUUCCCGACAUUCGGAGGUGGUAGCAGCCACACACCUCAGUCAUCGUUGCCGUGGGGGCCCCGCCGCUAGCCCGCCCCCCCACCACCCACUCACGACAAACUGGACCAUCCGAUCUUCCAUUCGUUUUGUUUAUUUGAAACACAUCAAAACCUUUAAUGAGUAGGAUUAACUACCCUGAGUUCAGGAGUGUUUAAAUAUUAUUGUUUACUCAAAUUAUCGCUUGAUCAUUGUUUUCUUACACAUGGAUUACUUUACUGGCUUAAUGUUGUUUGGUUAUCAAUCGUCUUGAACUUAUUAGUAUGUUAUAGUGCAAUAUUUAUUUUGAUUAUGGUGGAAAAUUUACUUAAUAACGGAAAGUACGGUCUUUCUCGAGACGUUUUCAUCUUUCCCUCCUGUUUACUGCUUGCUGCAUUGGUUAAUGACCCGGCACGUUCAUGGAUAUCUGAAUUCGGUCGCUCGAAGGAAUUUUACAUUUUUAUUUUUCUGUUAAUGUAUAUGAAUUAGUUUUAUCUGAAAGUCUCAUGUAAUUUUAUACAAUAUUUAUAUAAUAAGUUUUGAAUAAAUUUACCAUUUAUAAUUUGCCGUAGUGUACUGCGACAGCUACUAGUUUUAUGGAAUGAAAGAUUUUUUAUUUUAACUGUUUUGUGUAAAAAGACAGUCAACCAGUUAAUUGCGUCUUCCUCGACAGACUUUAAAGUCGUGAAUCCUUAAAUAGUUCCUCUUGCGUUUCCUUCUCUGUGCAAUUUACAUUAUUCUGUUAGCUUUACAGUUGUUUGUUCGAUCAUUUAUUUGUUUUUGCUUUUCGGUGAAAUCUGGUGCCUUUUACUAUUUUAUCAUAGUUUAUUUUUCAGAAAUAGUUAUCAUUUGUGCGAUUCUGUUCAUAAAUCAGACAACCACAUCACUUUGCACCCUAAAAGCAAUACCUUCUAAGUCUUUUGUAGCGUGUUUUACUGACAAUACUGUCUUUUUAAACGUGGUUAAUUCAAAGUACAUUUGGCUUCGAGCCGAAACGUUCAUUUUACUCAAUCUAAGUGAAAGUUGAUAAAUAUUGUUGAAUUAAUUUAUGUCACAAUAGAUAUUAUAAUUAUUGUUAUAUUUUUUGUUAGUCUUUCUAUUGAUAUAUUUUGAACCAAUUUUGUAGAGUUUUAUAUAAGCAUGAGUUUGUUGUGUUCUGAGUCAUUGUAUAGAGAGAAGUUUUCUUUUACAGGUUUUUAUGUUGUUAUUGUUAAAAUGUUAAAAACAAUAAAAAUUGUAAAAUAAUUAAUAGACUGAAAAAAGUUAAAAAGUAUAUAUUUAUAAGUGAAUCAAGGGAGAUUUAUCCGCGCUGUGUCCCGGAUAACUGUCCACAUCCACAAAUGGGGAUUUGCCAUUUCCGGAAAGUUGAAUGUGUGAUCAUAUUUUAUAUUACAAGGAAAUGUAAAUAUAUUAUGUAGGCCCUCACUGUCGUUGGGUGGAUAAUAUUCUUACGAAUAAAGAUAAUAAUACCCAA